AUGUCUACUACGUCCACCUCCGAUGUCCACCUGCAUUUCCUGCGCCUUGCUCUCGACGAAGCACGCAAAUGUGAACCAACACCGACUGCUUUCUGCGUGGGCUGCGUCCUCACUGCGACUCUCACCGACUCGAGCGAGCCUAUCAUCCUAGCGCGGGGUUACUCUCGAGAACUGCCCGGAAACACUCACGCAGAGGCAAACGCGCUGACCAAAGCACGUAAUCUGUCCAAGGGCGAGAUGAGGGAGCUACUGUCCUCCGCCCCGGAGGAUGUGACCAUCGAGGACGUUCUGCAACAUGCCGAUGUAUACACAACCAUGGAGCCAUGCUCCGUGCGUACUUCCGGUCUAGCACCGUGCGCCGAUGCUCUCAUAGCAGCCAAGGCACGCAGAUGUUUUAUCGGUGUGGGAGAGCCGGAUGACUUCGUGCAGUGUGAGGGUGCAAGGAAGCUCGCGGAUGCUGGGAUUGAGGUCAUAUGGAUCAAAGGCUUAGAGCAUGAAUGCCUAGCUGUCGCUCGGAGAGGACAUCAGUCCGAUGCGUAA